AACAGAUUGAAUUUUUUAACCAUGUAAGGCAGGAAGUUUGUCAUUGAUUCUGACUGUGAGUUAGGUGCAAUAGUUCACAAAAAAGCUUAGGCGAAACAACCUCUUCAGGUCGGAACCGGAUAUUCUUUCAUCAUGCCUUCCGUCGGAACUGUUGUUAACUACGUCGUGAUUGGUCUAUUCAUUGCAUACCUCAUCCACGUCUCCAUGGUGAUGUUUCAAUUGUUCAACCCUGAGGAAUGCAUACCAGCAGGCUCGGCGUCCAAAUGCAUAUCACCGUACAUAAGUACAAAACCAAAGCUCCAGCUGAGCAUCUACACAUCGGUAAAGAUAAAGAGUGAACUCCUAGAGAAAGAUCUGAAACUUGUCACGAAAUAUGACAAUUUCACCAUCGAGGAGACUUUUGUUAGGUCUGUGAAUGUAUCUCUACCAAAGAAAACCAGGAACAAUGGAACCUUGUUUGUGCAUGUCAUUGUCCAUCCACACGGAGAGUCGGCAUUGCAUAACCGUCUCGCCUCCUACCAGCGUGCACCGCUCACGAAAUAUGCCGUGCCUAGAUCCGAGGAGUUUAACCUGCUCAGUGAAGGCAACAAAGACAAUAUGUCAACAAGUGAAGUUCCAGUGACCCAUUGGAGACCCAAGUUGGUCUUCAGCGUCCUUCAAGAUUCUAUAUCCAUGACACGGAAUGCCGUGCCUCAGGAAAUCCUGCAGUACAUCAGAGUGACUCAGAAGGGUGAAUACUUACCCGUACUAUUCAUCAACAAUCUAGUUCACAAGAACAGGGAAUUACUUCAAAUUAAUGAUACUGUCAAGGAGAUGCCCCUCCGUCUGACGUACAGCCCAAUAUCCAUCGGAUGGUUGAGACUUUAUUCCACUCUGGAACUAUCCAUGAAGAUGCUUCGUGAUCUCGGAUUUGGGGAGAAGGAUACAGAGGAGGUUUUGUCGCUCUUCACUGAUUCUGGUCUCUACCUUCUAGCAUUGACGAUGGUGGUCUCAAUGUUUCAUUUAUUGUUUGAUUUCCUGGCAUUCAAGAAUGAUAUUUCCUACUGGAGAAAGAGGAACACCAUGGCUGGCCUCUCUACAAGAACAGUUGUGUGGCGUGGUGUGAGCCAGAUCAUCAUAUUCUUCUACCUCCUUGAUCAGGAGACUAGCUAUCUUGUCCUGAUCCCAGCUGGGAUUGGGAUGUUCAUUGAGAUGUGGAAAGUGAAGAAGGCCUUUAAGGUUCAGUUUACCUUCUCUGGAAUCAGACCGUGCGUCUCGUUUGGAAGUACGUCAGACACUGAGAAGGCUACAGAAGCAAUCGACUCACAGGCCAUGCAGUAUCUAUCCUACGUCCUGUAUCCGUUGUGUAUAGCGGGGGCUGGCUACUCAUUGCUAUAUGUGUCUCAUAAAAGUUGGUAUUCUUGGCUGAUUAAGAGUCUAGUAAAUGGCGUCUAUGCAUUCGGCUUUCUCUUCAUGCUACCACAGUUGUUUGUUAAUUACAAGUUAAAAUCUGUCGCUCAUUUACCAUGGAGAGCCUUCAUGUAUAAGGCCUUUAAUACUUUUAUAGAUGACAUCUUUGCCUUUAUUAUCACCAUGCCAACGGCUCAUAGGCUAGCAUGCUUCAGGGAUGAUAUUAUAUUUGUCUUGUAUCUCUAUCAACGAUGGUUGUAUCCUGUUGAUAAGAAACGAGUCAACGAGUAUGGCAUGUCAUUCGAGGAGAAAGAAAACGCUGUAACCAACGAGGAGAAGGAGAACGCUGUGGCCAAGGGCGAUGAGGUCAAGGAACAUGUGGACUAGAUUCCCAAAUUGUUUCACCUUGCGCCAAAUCCAUAAAAGCUAUAAAUUGGAUCAUAUUUUGUUACUUAUUAAAUUUGGUUACUAGGCAAGGUCAUACAUUUGGUAAUCACUCUGAAAAUUAAUGAUAAAAAAAACUUUUGGAAAGAAGCUACAGCAGCUUUCCAGCUUUCGAUAGUUUAAAGCAUUUUGAGAAACAUUUCACUCCAAAGUAAUGUUGUUUUCAAUGGUAUCUCAAAAACGUGACCACCAUUUGCACUUUUUAGCUUUUUUUGUAUAUACCUACAUUUAUAUAUAGGAUUAAAGCCAUUGGACACUUUCGGUUAACAGUAUUGUCCAAAGGCCCACACUUCUUGUAUCACAACUUAAC